AUGAGCCUCUCAGAAUGGGCGCUCCCGCAGCUCUCGAAGCUUCUUCCUCUGGACAAUGAUUCUUUGAAGCAGAUCAUCUCUUACACGGAGUCACUACCAAACAGGGAAGCAGCGGAUCACCUGCAGAACAUGCUAGGUGAUAGCCCUCAAGCUCUAGAGUUUAUCACAUCCUUCAACAACAGAAGAAAGCCGAAAGGUCCAGCUCAAACAGCGCCUGCGAAUGGUCUUUCUGAGGUGCCCAAACCCAAGUCACGCAAGAAGAAGCAGACAGGCAUAGGCAAGCCACUGCCAGCGCGACGGGUAGAAGACGCUGGUAACGUCGCUGGUGCAUACAUGAAGAGAGAUGAGGACGACUACAUGUCUGGAAGCUCAAAACACAAAGCUCCCAAACCAAAUGCUUUCGGGCUGUCGCAAAAGCCAGAUGCCCUGCAGUUACCAACAGCUACAUCCUCAGGCACAGCGACACCAGCAUCACGCGGUGUCUCACCAGCAUCACGCGGUGUCUCACCAGCACCACAGCCAAAUAAACUACCACCGUCGGCCGCAGGCCAACUGAUUUCUGAGGCAAAAUCUUCAAGGAACUCGUCGCCGAAGCCGAAGGCGAAGAUUAGUGUGGCGGGCGGCACCCCAAUGCAUGGCGCUUCUACAGCGCUCAACGACCUUGAGUCUGCGAUAAGAACCUUGGAGAUUCAAACGAACCCUACAUUGUCUGCACAAGACAGUAGCAAACGAAAGUGCAAUUGCAUGGCGACUCGACAUCCACUUCUCGACGCUGCGCCAAAUUGUCUCAAUUGCGGCAAGGUCAUUUGCGUCAAAGAGGGCAUUGGGCCAUGUACAUUCUGCAACUCGCCACUCCUCAGCGCUGAUGAGAUUCAAUCAAUGGUUCGCAUCUUGCGUGAAGAGCGAGGUAAGGAGAAGAUGGCUGCGAACAAUGCCAAUCAAAAGCGUGCGGAGGUCGCGGUCGCGCCUCGUCCAUUCUCAACACCAAAAACGUCCGCGCCAUCCUCCGAUGUCGAUUCUGAAAACGAGAAGCUAGCAAAGGCCAAGCAACACCGAGAUAGGCUUCUCGCCUUCCAGGCACAGAACGCAAAGAGAACACAAGUCCACGAUGAGGCUGCCGAUUUUGAAACCACAACUGCAGGGUUGAGCAUGUGGGCAUCACCGCAAGAACGUGCCAUGCAGCUGAAGCGGCAGCAAAAGGCUCUGAGAGAACAAGAAUGGAACGCUCAGCCCGAGUACGAAAAGCGAAAGGUUGUUGCCAGCAUAGAUCUGGCAGGCGGUAAGAUCGUGAAACGUAUGGCAGCAGCAGAACGGCCAAGAACACCCGAGAGCGAAGACGAGCCACCAGAGCCUAAACAGCAAUACGAAACUGGCGCCAUCUCGAAAGGCAGUGGAGCAUUCAGCAGAAACCCGCUGCUUGGUGCUCUAAUUCGGCCUACAAUCACUGUCGAGGUUAAGGGUAAAGACAAACAAGUGGAAAAGAGGCAAGCUUGGAGACGUGUUCAGGACGACAAUGAUGAUAACGAGCAGUGGAUCCUGGAUGGUGGAGUGUACGGCGGGAAGAACGAGACUGGAGAGCCAGAGGCCGGUCACUGA